GACGUCCCAAGUUUGGGUAGCCGUCGGCCAUCAGAAGCUCUCAGCAAGCCAUGGCACCCAAAGUGCGGAAGCAUGCUGACAAGGAAGCUUCCGUGGCUGCGAGCGAAGACGUGGAGGAGAGGCCUGAGGUGGAAGAUACCUCGCAGGAGAAGAACACGACCUUUCUUCAGCGCACGCCUUCUGCCACCAACCAGGCCGUUUCGGACUUGGCCAAUGACAGGCGGCUCAUGGGUGCUGCUGCCACUCUGGGGGGCGCUGCAGGCACACUUCUCAUGGGCCCCGUGUCGGGCGUGGCCCUGGGAGCGGCGGCCCUCUAUGCCACAACCCGGGAGGAUAGCACCGGCUCAGUAGCCAGAAAGGCGGGCACGGCGUAUCUAACCGUGGCAGAUUCGGCCAUCGACGAGGGAAUCCGCGCAGUGGACCGAGGGGUGAAGGCCUUCGGCUGUGCCGUGGACCGAGGUUGCCGACACUUGGAGACCUCCGCGUCCGUCCCCACGCCCAUCCGCGUCGGGCUUCAGAACUGGCGCAGGCAAGCUUGCGAGGAGAAAGCGCCCCGAGCAGAGGCCGACGACGAGGCGCAUAAGAUCAGAUCGAAGUAUCCAGAUCGUAUCCCAGUGAUUUGCGACAAGUCAGCUCGCUCGACUUUGCCUGAGUUGCCGAAGAAGAAGUUUGUGGUGCAUGGCACAAUGCUUUGCGGGGAGUUCAAGUACAUGGUCCACAAGCAAAUCGCUGACACCACCCCCGAGCAGCUGAGUGUGGACCAAACGAUUUACCUUUUCAUCAACGGUAUCACGCCGAAGACGAGUACGCCCAUGUCGCAGCUGUACGACCAGUUUAGAGCGUCGGAUGGCUUCUUGUACAUAAGGUAUGGUGCCGAAAACACCUUGGGAUCGGAUCCGUGCCUCGGCUUCGGAUCGGGACUUUCUCGCUUCGGGAGUGACUGGUUUCUCCAAGACUCGCGACUUUCCAAAGAUCCCAGGCAUAUUUACCCUACCUUCGGAUAUGUUUGGAGAGGGAUUUAGAGGGGUUCAUGUAUCCCACUCAAAGUUCAACGGCCUGCAAGGGUCAACGAACCACUCAGACU